CCAUAUUGAGAAUCAUCAACAUCAUGUCGCUGUUGGGAAGCCUGAAGUCGUCAGUGCAGGUCGCCGGCAAGGGCGGCCGCUGCAGCGUUAGCGGCGUCGUCGCCACCGUGUUUGGUGCCACUGGCUUCAUGGGUCGUUAUGUGGUCAACCGCCUCGGCAAGGUUGGCUCUCAAGUUGUGGUUCCCUUCCGCGGCGACGAGCACGACUACCGGCACUUGAGGGUUGCAGGAGAUCUCGGCCAGAUUCACUUCCUGCCGUUCCAGCUGCUUGACAAGGACACAGUGAGGCGUGCCGUCGAGCACUCAAACGUGGUCAUCAACCUCAUUGGCCAGGACACUGACUCUCGCCACUUCUCACUGGAGGACGUGCACGUGACUGGUGCGCUGAACAUUGCCGAGGCGGCAAAGGAGGCCGGCGUUGAGCGCCUGAUCCACAUGUCUGCCCUCGGCGCCGACAAGACGUCCAACUCGCGCUUCCUGCAGUCCAAGGCCCUUGGCGAGGAGGCUGUGGCCAGCGUGUUCCCGAGCGCCACCAUCAUCCGCCCCAGCCACAUCUUCGGAUACGAGGACCGCUUCCUCAACCGUUUUGCAGGUCUGCGCGUCCUGCCUUGCGGUCAGCCGCUGUUUGAUGGCGGCAAGGCCAAGAAGAGCCCUGUCUACAGCCUGGACGUUGCUGACGGCAUUGCUGCUGCUGUCGGCGAUCCCAUUGCCGAGGGCAGCGUCUUCGAGUUUGUCGGCCCCCGCGAGUACACGAUGAAGGAGAUUGUGACCUUCAUCAACCAGAUCACCCGCAAGCCAAACAAGACCAUCCACGUCCCCUCCAUGCUCGCUCUGCCGCUGACGCGCUUCAGCGACAAGCUGCCAGUUGACCCCAUCAUCAGCACAGAGGACAUUCUCAGGUACACAAAGGACGACGAGGUGACGGCAGACACGCUGCGGCUGGAGCACAUGGAUGUGAAGGGCACGGAUAUGGAGGCGGUUGCGCUUGGCUUCCUCCGCCGCUUUCGCUCGCCAAGCCAGCACGACGAGCUGCUUGACUACCAGCAGUAGCCGCCCCUGCACAGGCUGUGUGUUUGCGGUGGGAAUGGUUGUGUGACUGUGAUGGAGAUGGUGGUCUGAGUCUUGGUCGCAAGGGAUCAUUUAACAACGGGUGCUGUUGUCGUGCGAUGAGCUUGUAGUGUGUGUGUGUGUGUGUGUCAUGAACUCAUUCAUUCAAAGUGUGUGCGUGUGUUGGCGAGGACAAGAAACCGACAGUUGCAUCCACAAGACACAAAGCGGCACAUGAUUGCGUUUGAUUUGAGGCUGUGU